GCAGCUGUGGGCAUCCCAAAAGACUCUGCCCUAGGGUGUCUUCUAGAGAACUGCACACAGUUUAAAUUGGGCAAUUUAAAGAGAAAGAAAUUAACAUUGUACUGCAACGAAACUCUUGAUUUGUUUUGUAAACAGGAGAGUAAAUGGGAGGAAAUACCUUAUGUAAUGAUCUUUAUGGCACUAUAUCAACACCCAAAAUUAAAGGAAAAUUGUAGAAUGUGA